AUAAAAAAUCUUAUAAGCUAGUCAUACCAUUUGAUUAUAUUGACAAUUUUAAAAAACUGAUCAUACUAUGAUCAUAGUAUGAUGGCGGUUGAGCAAGUAUGCCCCCAUCGUCUAGUGGUUCAGGACAUCUCUCUUUCAAGGAGGCAGCGGGGAUUCGACUUCCCCUGGGGGUAGGGUACUACGAAAGGAAGUUGAUCAUGGAUUAUCCAUAAAGUUCGAAUAGAUUCUUCCUGGGUCGAUGCCCGAGCGGUUAAUGGGGACGGACUGUAAAUUCGUUGGCAAUAUGUCUACGCUGGUUCAAAUCCAGCUCGGCCCAAUAAUUCGCUGUCUACAUAACCUUUUUUGUUUUGCAUAAUUGACAGAGAAGGGUAAGAAAAAAGUCAAAUAUCUGGGUAUAUUUCGACUUUACUUUUUUCUUUAUUUCUUGUGGCUCGUUACUUUUUGUUUCCAUAAAAAAUUACAAUAAAAAAUAGAUUAUCAAUCGAUUUUAGAAUAAUGCAAGGAUUACUAGUAAUCGGCCUUGAUAUCACUUUAGUGAUAUCCAUAUAGAUAUCAAUAUAUUACUUGUGAUUUUCUUUGUUACAAAACACUAAUUUGAAUCUAAAAUUGAAAUGAUUAUGAUGAAAUCAUAAGAAGGAAUAUGUAAGCUACCCGCUUUAUUUCCAUGGGAUUGUAGUUCAAUUGGUCAGAGCACCGCCCUGUCAAGGCGGAAGCUGCGGGUUCGAGCCCCGUCAGUCCCGGCGGAUUCAAUUAAAAAAAAAGACAUAAACUCCCCUUUUUGUUUCUGGGCAAGGGGAUCAAAAUGGUUUCGGUUAUCUUUUUGUUUUAUUUUUCUUUUUUCAUCAAGCAAAAGAAAGGGGUAUUUCUUUUGCACCAAUUUAAAGACAUAUGUAAAUUAGUAUAAUUAUAAUUAUUGAGAGCAUUCACCACUUCAAGAACGAGAUACUGUAUGGGGUUUCCUCUUUUUGUCAAUUAAUCUCCCAUUAACUCGUGUAGGAAAAUAAAAUAGGAUAGCGUAUAAUACGUUUGCCAAGAGUACCUAUAUAUACUUUUGUUUCUAUGAAGUCAAGGAAGUGAAAAUAGUUCGAAUCCAACCAAGUAAAGAGGAUGUUUCAAAAAAAAAGAUCAAAUUAGUCUUCCCUAAUGAAUAUGCUCUUUUUAAAGAUUAGAGUCGAUGUCGAAGAAAAACUCGUAAGAAAAUUUAAUAUAGUUAAUUUUUUGGAAUAUUUUCGUUUUUUUUUUUCGGGACUCGUCUUUAUCACAUUUCCUUUGUUUUACAAAAAGAUCAUAGACCCUUACAAAAACAAAAUUUUGAAAAUUUCAAAUUGAAAUUUCGUACUUGUUUUCUCUAUUUGAUUUCUAUUGUUUAUUUAAGGUUCUUUAGAAACUCUUUUUAUAAACAAUCGAAGUAUAAAAGGUUUUUUAUGAUAUUUCAUCAGAUGAUUGUACAAGGAAAGUACUAGGUUGUAGAAAAGAAAGCGGUGAAAAAGAAUCAUAAAUAAAUAGUUUUUUAUUGGAUCAGGAAUCUCAUUAUGUAUUCGGUGUGGAUAAAAGAUCUUCCUAUGUUAUACUAUUAAAUUCUUGACGAUGAAUCGAUUUUAUAGCUCCGAUAUUGUUAUUCAUGAUAUUUCUUUCAUUCGAUAUCAUCGAAAUCUAAUUCAUCUGAGUGAGUUUACAAGCGAAAGAUUUCUCAUCUCUAUGGGAUUAAAUCCCGAGAUAUUCCAAAGAAAAAAAAAUAAAUAAUAAACGAUUUAAUUAUGGAAGUCAAUAUUCUUGCAUUUAUUGCUACUGCACUCUUCAUUCUCGUUCCUACUGCUUUUUUGCUUAUAAUUUACGUAAAAACGGUUAGUCAAAAUAAUUAAUUUGAAUACAAUUUGACUAUCAAUGACAAAAAAGGAUGUCAAUUUCUCGUCUUAAAUGAAAGGAAUGCAUUAGAUUCAGUAGUAUCCUAAGGGGCCCGCUAGUAUGGUAGAAAGAGAUCUCUUUCUACCAUACUAGCCAUUAUGGUUAUUGUAAUGUAUAAAGAUACAAGUGAAAUAUCUUAAUAUAAAGGAAUCCACCCAUAUCUCUCUUUUUCUUUAUAAAUGUAAAUAUAAAUUAAUAUAGAAUAUGAAAUCUAUGUACAUACUUUCUCAAUUUCAUUUGUUUGUUUGAUCCAUUUAAUACGGAUAAUCCGAAUUCGAUGGAAACCUCUUGAGAUUUCGAAAGGGGGUUAUCCCAUGAAUGGUUAACGGUAUAAACUCUGAUAUCAAAAAAUAAAAUGAGUCAAUAAAACAAAACAUAAAUCCAAUUUCUAAAAAAAGAUCUUAAAAAAAAUUGCCGGCCGGUCUAGAAAACUAAAACAAUUGAUACAGGUUGAUAGAGUUUGAUUAUUAUCGCAAUUAGGAGUACUUCUAGAGUCCACUUCUUCCCCACACUACGAGAGAGAGGGAAAAUGUAAAAACUACCAUUAAACCAGCCCAUGCGAGACUUACUAUAUCCAUGUGAAUUCUGUCCCCUAUGAAUAUGAAGAAACUUUUCCAUUAUUGUUCACUAAUAAUAGUGAAAUCACUGGUGCAGAGUCAAAAAAAGGGAGAGAUAUUUGGUCACCAUUGAUGAACUACUCCAAAAAAUCCACUUAUCUUAUACUGAGUUAUUCUUAAUUAUAGAAUUUCUAGUAGAAUCGACAAGAUGUAAACACAAGUAAACAGAUACUUUUCGAAGUAUCCAAAAAAUCUGACUCAUAUGUAGAAAGAAUAAUCUUUUUUCUUUCUUUUAUCGUUUUUUAUUUUUAUUUGAAGUAAAACGAAAGGCAAUUCUUCAUCUAAUCUAAUAUUGAUUGAAUGUCUGAGCAUUCCGACACUUUCAUGAGUCUAUAUCCAAAGUAUCUUAGAUCCUUUCCAAAACUAUUAAUUUAAUUCCCUCUCUGCCUAUCCAAUCUAAUGGAUUUCCCUCCACUCGUUUUAGUUUUCCUCUAAUCUGAUAGGUAAAACUUUAGGUUAGAGAAUAGAACCUCGAGAGCCAGGGGCUUAGAAUCACGAAAAGAAAGUAUCAAGAGUCUUUUCCUACGUUUGUUAUAGUUUUAUAACAGGAGAUUUCAAGUCUCCUGUUGAGGCGGCACCCGGAUUUGAACUGGGGAAAAAGGAUUUGCAGUCCCCCGCCUUACCACUCGGCCAUGCCGCCAAAAUGAUUUGUACUAGAUUCAAAUUUUCUCUUGUUUUUUUUUCAACUCCGAAAAAAAUAUAGAUUUUCAGUCACAAAAUAUAGAAUCUAGUACAAAUCAGAACCAUUAACUAUUGACUGUAAAUUCAUGACCUUUUUUGAAUUCAAAUUUACAUUUUUUAUUUCUAAUAAUAUAAGAUAAGAAAAUCAUUAGAAAUAGAUUUAUAACUAAUCUAUUUUGAGUUUUUUCAAUUAAAAA